AUGAUCCACAGUGUCUAUGAGAUGCCAGACUCAGGAGUGGAGUGGGGGCUGAUUUUUCCGGACGCUAACGGGGAGUACCAGUCGCCUAUUAACUUGAACUCGAGAGAAGCUAAGUAUGACCCCUCGCUCCUGGAGGUGCGCUUGUCGCCAAACUACGUAGUGUGUCGUGACUGCGAAGUGAUCAACGACGGGCAUUCGAUUCAGAUUGCCCUGAAGUCAAAAUCAGUGCUAAUAGGGGGACCAUUACCUCGAGGACAUGAGUUUGAACUACAUGAUGUUCGAUUUCACUGGGGGAGAGAAAACCAGCGUGGUUCUGAGCACACAGUUAAUUUUAAGGCUUUUCCCAUGGAGCUUCAUCUAAUGCACUGGAACUCCACACUGUACAGCAGCAUUGAUGAGGCAGUAGGGAAGAAGCACGGCAUAGCUAUUAUUGCUUUGUUUGUGCAGAUAGGAAAAGAGCAUGUAGGCCUAAAGGCUGUAACUGAAAUUCUCCAGGACAUCCAGUACAAGGGAAAGUCCAAAACAAUACCCUGUUUUAAUCCCAACUCUUUAUUGCCAGAUCCUCUUCUGCGUGACUACUGGGUGUAUGAGGGCUCUCUAACCAUUCCACCCUGCAGUGAAGGUGUCACCUGGAUAUUAUUUCGCUAUCCUUUGACUGUGUCCCAAGUGCAGAUAGAGGAAUUUCGUAGGCUGAGGACACAUGUUAAAGGUGCUGAACUUUUAGAGGGCUGUGAUGGAAUCCUAGGAGAUAACUUCAGACCAACUCAGCCACUUAGCGAUAGAGUCAUCAGGGCUGCAUUUCAGUAGCAGAAGAGAAGGAACAACAGAAAUAAAUCUUUAUUCAGAGAGGGGGAAGACAAUGCUCCCACAGUGCCCUCAAAUGAGAAAUGGAAACUUUUGAGGCUGCUGCUUCAGUUGAACCACAAAGCCUGUAUUGUUCAUCUUCAUCUAAUUCAGCCUUGAUAGACAGCUGUGACAGUUGGUCUGUCCGCAUGGUCCAGUGAAAUUCUGGGAAUGGGGCUGUACAUUAAAAGAAGAAAACACAUUAAAUCUUCCAAUUCACGCUGUUAACUAUUUUUAAAUGGUAAUUUUCAUUGCUUAUAUAGUUUCUUUGCCAUAGCAUUCAAUAGUCGUCUGUGAUCCAAAUAGUACUAAUUUUAAGCUUGGUAUGAAUGUUAAUAUGUAGAAAUACUCAUUAUUGUUUUGAAUGUUAGAUUUAAUUUUAUUCCGUAUCAUCUCUUGUGCUGUCAGUAACCAUCUUUUCUGUAGAAGGGAGGUGCGUUCUGUAAAGUUAAUAAAAACAUUGUUUGUUCACA